AUGAUUUACAUCGCCAAAGACAGAAUACCAUCAUUGCUUGGUUUUGCGUUGAUGUGUCUAGACGGACUGGCGUACUCACAAGCUGCGACUGAGGCGACAACUUCUUAUGCACCAUUUCGAGUUCAAUGUCCGACCAACAGGCCACUGUUGAGGAUGUCAGGCUCCGCGAUUCAGAAAACUCAAACCUUAUCACAAGAUGAGCAGGCGUUCCUCAAGGGUCGUCAAUCGGUCACAAGCUCACUUUGGCGGAAUUUUUUCACUGAUGGACCCGGUAAAGCCACCGGCUAUCAAAACACCCCACUCAUGGCCCCAAAACAGAACGAUUGGCCGGUACUCGGGAUCGCGCAUUCUGGUGGCGGUGAACGUGCGACAUUGUAUGGAGCUGGAGUCUUGAAUGCACUUGAUUCCGGGACAAUCUCAAGUCCAAUUCGGGGAGUUUAUCAGUUAGCAUCCUAUUCAACAGGCCUCAGUGGUGGAAGCUGGCUGGUGGCUUCGAUGACCGCACACAACUACCCUACACUACCUAAUCUACUCUCCAGGUUACGAUUGGAUCUCGAUAUCAUUCUACCCGGAGGAGCGUUUUACAAUAGUUGGCAAUUCUUCCAGAAUAUCUUGUUUGUUGUCCUUCAGAAGAAACUUGCCGGCUUCACGACUUCAAUGGUAGACUAUUGGGGUGUCGCCCUUGGGCAACAUUUCUUGCCUGCAGUCACGACCGACAACUUUUACUCCAGCUCUUUUACCACGCCGCGUGGCGCGGGAAUCACUUUCUCCGGUUUUCGUAACACACCAUCACUUCGAGAGUUUCAGAAACCGCUUCCGAUUAUCGUCAGCAAUCACUUGCCAUUGGUCAAUGGCAGCGUCAACCCGGACAAGCUUCCGAUUCAAGGGAUUACCUACAUUCCCCUUUCAGCACCGAUCUACGAAUAUUCGCCCUUCGAGUUUGGAAGCUUCGAUCCACAAUUAAGUGCUUUCAUCCCAACUGAAUAUUUAGGCACCAGCCUUGAAUCAGGAAAUCCCGUUGCACCUCCAGGAGGUUUCUUUUCAUCCUUCCUAUCUGGAGUUGGUAAAAAUUGCGUUCGCGGUUUUGAUCAAAUGAGUUUCAUUAUGGGAAGCUCAGCAGCACUCUGUAACACUGUAUUUGGCGGUGCUGUACCAGAUUUCCCCUCAGCUUAUACUGCGGUAAUGAAUUACUUCACGGGCAGCGUUGGAGAUCGCCAGCUAAUGGUGGCACAUUACCCGAACCCCUUCAAAGGUGUGAAUGGCCAAAUGGGAUUUGACCGCUCAACCUCCGAUGAGUUGCUAAUUGUAGACGGCGGCGAGAAUGGAGAGAAUAUACCUUUCAAUCCAUUGUUAGCUCCAGCAAGAAAUGUAGAUGUUAUAAUGGCCGCAGACGCGUCGGCUGACACCAAUAAUUAUCCCAAUGGAACGGCUAUGAUCAACACCUGGCUUCGAAUUCACAAAGUUUUACCUUCGGGUAGCGCCAACUUUCCACCUGUCCCAUUACAACCUCAAGUCUGGAUUGAUCAAGGAUUCAACACCCGACCGACCUUUUUUGGCUGUAACGCGUCAAGCACCCAAGGAAAUGGCGGCUAUCCUUUGGUUGUUUAUCUACCCAACAGUCCGCUGUCUGUUUCGGCAACUAACCCAUCAACCUUCAAACUUCAAUAUUCGGACAAAGACAGGGACCUUUUUCUACGCUCGGUAACAAACUCCACAGAACGCCCUCUCUUCGGGCCAAAAAAGAUAGUAGAUGGCAACUGGUCAACAUGUUUAUCUUGCGCAUUGAUUGAUCGCUCAAGAAACCGAAUGAAUGUGACCAGAUCUCCCGCCUGCGAAGUGUGCUUCGAACGCUACUGCUACCAUGAUGGUGUCCUUCAGCCUACCAGACAAUGA